AUCUUCUUUAAAACCAUGCAGGUAAUAUAUGCUUUAAAUACUAAAAAUGAUGAGCAUGAAUCUGCAAUUCAAGCCCUUAAAGAUGCUCAUGAAGAAGAAAUCCAACAAAUUCUUGCAGAAACAAGAGAAAAGAUACUGCAAUAUAAAAGCCAAGUAACUGAGGAGUUAGACCUUAAGAGAAAGAUUCAAGUUUUAGAAGCCUCAUUAGAAGAUCACAUAAAAAUGAAGCAGCAGGCAUUGACAGAAUUUGAAGCUUAUAAGCACAGAGUUGAGGACAUGCAGCUUUGUGCAGAAGCCCAGCAUGUCCAACGCAUAGUCACCAUGUCUAGAGAGGUUGAAGAAAUUAGAAAGAAAUUCGAGGAAAGAUUGCAGAGUUUUGGACAACUCCAAGUACAGUUUGAAAAGGACAAGCGGUUGGCAUUGGACGAUUUGCGAAAUGCACACAGAAGGGAGAUCCAAGAGCUGUUGAAGUCGCAGCAGGAUCACAGCGCCUCUCUCAACAAGGGGCAGGAGAAGGCGGAGGAGCUCCACAGAAUGGAGGUGGAUGCCUUGAACAAAACACUUGAAGAGCUAAAAGUUGAACGGAAAAAGCUAAUUGAGGACUAUGAAGGCAAGUUGAAUAAAGCUCAGUCCUUUUAUGAACAUGAGCUUGAUACUUUGAAAAGAUCACAGCUUUUUACAGCGGAAAGCCUACAGGCUAGUAAAGAAAAGGAAGCCGAUCUUAGAAAAGAAUUUCAGGGGCAAGAAGCAAUUUUACGAAAAACCAUAGGAAAAUUAAAGACAGAAUUACAGAUGGUCCAGGAUGAAGCUGGAAGUCUUCAUGAUAAAUGCCAAAAGCUUCAGGUGGCACUUGUAACAGCAGAGAACAGUGUUCAGGUUCUUCAAAAACAACUUGAUGAUGCCAAAGAGGGAGAGAUUGCCUUAUUAAGCAAGCACAAAGAAGUGGAGAGUGAGCUAGCAGCAGCCAGAGAGCGUUUACAACAGCAAGCUUCAGAUCUUGUCGUCAAAGCUAGUCAUAUUGGAAUGCUUCAAGCAACUCAAAUGACCCAGGAGGUUACAAUUAAAGAUCUAGAAUCAGAAAAAUCAAGGGCCUAUGAGAGAUUAUCUCAGCUUGAAGAAGAAAGAGCUUUUUUGCAAGGCAAAACUCAGAGUCUGGAUGAAGAGCAGAAGCAGCAGCUUCUGGAACUGGAGAAGAAAGUAAAUGAAGCAAAGAAAACUCAGCAAGAAUAUUAUGAAAUGGAGCUUAAAAAUCUGCAAAACAGAUUGGAAGGGGAGGUGGCUCAAUUAAAUGAAGCGCAUUCUAAGACUCUGGAAGAAUUAGCCUGGAAGCACCAUAUGGCAAUUGAAGCUGUCCAUAGUAAUGCAUUAAAGGAUAAGAAAAAAUUGCAAAUGGAAUUGGAGGAACAGUAUAAAAAAGAGAAAAUAAACCUAGAAGAGGAAAAAAAUGAGCUUCAUCAAGAGCUAGAAAGCCUGAAGGGGAAACUGGAAGAUAAGCUGAAUACAGCCAAUCAAGAGAUUGGUCGUCUCCAAGACCUGGUAAGGAAAAGUGAACAAGGUCUUGGCUCUGCAGAGGGACUCAUUGCUAGUCUUCAGGACUCUCAAGAAAGACUUCAAAAUGAGCUGGACUUGACUAAAGGCAGGCUGAAGGAUACUAAGGAUGCUUUAUUAAAUGUUGAGGGUGAGCUGGAACAAGAAAGGCAGCAGCAUGAAGAAACACUUGCUGCCAUGAAGGAGGAGGAGAAACUCAGAGUGGACAAAAUGGCCCAUGACUUAGAAAGAAAAUGGACAGAAAAUCUUAGACAAGAGUGUUCUAAGCUUCAUGAAGAGUUGAGGCUUCAACAUGAAGAGGAUAAGAAGUCAGCAAUGUCUCAACUUUUGCAGUUAAAAGAGAGAGAGAAAAAUGCAGCCAGGGAUUCAUGGCAGAAGAAAGUAGAAGAUCUCCUAAACCAGAUUUCCUUGCUGAAACAGAAUCUGGAGAUGCAGCUUUCCCAGUCUCAGACUUCUUUGCAGCAACUGCAAGCCCAGUUUACACAAGAGCGACAACGACUUACACAAGAGCUUGAAGAAUUAGAGGAACAACAUCAACAAAGACAUAAAUCUUUAAAAGAAGCACAUGUCCUUGCCUUUCAAACUAUGGAAGUAGAAAAAGAAAAAGAACAAAGAGCUCUUGAAAAUCAUUUGCAACAAAAACAUUCAGCAGAACUUCAGUCAUUAAAAGAUGCACACAGAGAGUCAAUGGAGGGCUUUCGGGUAGAAAUGGAACAGGAACUUCAGACUCUUCGAUUCGAAUUAGAAGAUGAAGGAAAGGCUAUGCUUGCUUCCUUACGCUCAGAACUAAAUCACCAGCAUGCAGCUGCAAUUGAUUUAUUACGGCAUAGUCAUCAUCAAGAAUUGACAGCUGCUAAAAUGGAAUUGGAGAGAAGCAUAGACAUCAGCAGAAGACAGAGUAAGGAGCACUUGUGUAGAAUAACAGAUCUACAAGAGGAAUUAAGGCACAGAGAGCAUCACAUUUCUGACUUGGAUAAGGAGGUUCAUCACCUUCAUGAAAAUAUAAGUGCCUUAACCAAAGAAUUGGAAUUUAAAGGGAAAGAAAUUCUCAGAAUACGAAGUGAAUCUAACCAGCAGAUGAGGUUACAUGAACAAGAUUUAAACAAGAGACUUGAAAAAGAGCUGGAUGUCAUGACAGCAGACCACCUCAGAGAGAAAAAUAUCAUGCGGGCAGAUUUUAAUAAGACUAACGAGCUACUCAAGGAAAUAAAUGCAGCUUUACAAGUGUCACUAGAAGAAAUGGAAGAAAAGUAUCUAAUGAGAGAAUCAAAACCAGAGGAUAUACAGAUGAUUACAGAAUUAAAAGCCAUGCUUACAGAAAGAGAUCAGGUUAUAAAGAAACUAAUUGAGGAUAAUAAAUUUUAUCAGUUGGAAUUAGUCAAUCGAGAAACGAACUUCAACAAAGUAUUUAAUUCAAGUCCCACUGUUGGUGUUAUUAAUCCACUGACUAAGCAAAAGAAGAAGAAUGAUAAAUCACCAUCAAACAGGUUUGUGAGUGUUCCCAAUCUCAGUGCUCUGGAAUCUAGUGGAGUGGGCAAUGGACAUCCCAACCGCCUGGACCCCAUUCCUAAUUCUCCAGUCCACGACAUUGAGUUCAACAGCAGCAAACCACUUCCACAGCCAGUGCCACCCAAAGAGCCCAAGACAUUUUUGAGGAAACAGUAGGAUGCAUGUGCAUGAGCUCAAGGAACAUGACUACUGGAGUUUCCAUUACACAUUGUUGCGUGCCUUGUAAUUUCCCCCAAAGACGGUAGGGAUUCUUUCGUUUUCUCAACUAGCCCAAGAAUAUUAAAUUAGAAUUAAGAAAAGUAUAAAUGAUCUAACUUGUAGAUGGAGGGGAAAUUGGCUUCUUAAUAUAUUCACUUUCCCUCUAGAGUGUAUGUUUAUGGAAUUACCAAAGUUUAUAAAAUACAUAUAGUAAGAUAUUAUAACUUUGUUUUUAAAUUCGGUUAUAUUUAAGAACAUGUGUGUAAGAAUAAAAUGUUUGUGUUAGGUUCUGAAAUUCUAAUUAACAGAAAGGUGCUGAAAGAGAGGAGUAUUAUCUUGGUUUCUCCUCCCUCAUUUCCUCCUGAAUUUUCAAAUAUGGUGACACUAUUUUUUCUCAACUGUUUUUGUUUUUUGUAAUUGCUGUGUGAUGUGGCUCCUCCCUAGUUGACCUCACCUGAGCUGCUGCUGUACUCUCCUGUUCUCUUGGAGUGGAGAACGAAUCUAAUGUAGGGGAGUAGCAAAUCCUUCAAGCACAUUUCUAACAAAGGGAAUGUGUUGUCAUCUACAUUGAUGUUUUAUGUGCUUUUCCCUUCAUUUUGCAAAACAGCUUAAUGCUGGGUUACAUGUCUCUCUUUUUAUGA